CCAUAUCCAAGGAUAUUUUCGUCAUUUCCAUACCCCACAAACUCGGUAUACUAGUUUGCCUUUAUUAUUAUUGUACCCCGCUUCUUUUCACACACACUAUUCCACACUCCGACUCGUACUUCCCCCCACCGUUUCUCCGCCGUAUUCCGUUGAGCAAACCGACGUCGUUUCAGAUGACUUCAGGCAUUGAUGUUGGCCAGUUGAACCAAGGCUUGAGAGAUAUGAGCCUGAAUUCACGCCAAAAUAAAGGCUGGGAAGUUAAGGGAUACGUAACAGGCGAUGGAAGCAGACGUGAUUGGGCCACAUGGGAUAACCCCGCCGCUAAAAAGAACGGCGGGUUAGGUUUUAAUUUGGGAAAAAUUGAUGAUGAAGAUGUUGAUGGUUCCGAAGACGAUCUCGCAAGCGAUGACUACGAUUCUGACGACAGUCAAAAGAGCCACGAUUCACGCAAAAAGAACCCAUGGUUAGCCGAGUUUUUUGGAACGUUGGACGAUUUAACGGCUGACCAGAUCAACGAGCCAGCUAGGCAGUGGCAUUGUCCAGCGUGCAGGAACGGGCCUGGUUCGAUUUGCUGGUAUCGGGGCAUGAAGUCGUUUCUUACGCAUGUGAAAACUAAAGGGACCCGAAGACCGAAGCUGCACAGAGAUUUUUCCGAGCUUUUGGAUGAAGAGUUGUGUAGAAGGGGUGUCGUGAUGGUACCGUCUGGUGAAGCGUAUGGUCGAUGGAAGGGACUCGAUAAAGAGUUUCAGGAUCGGGAAAUCAUUUGGCCACCGAUGGUGAUUGUUAUGAACACGCAGCUUGAGCAGGAUGAAAACGGGAAGUGGACCGGGAUUGGAACUCAAGAGCUUCUCGAGUAUUUCGAUUCUUAUGAAGCCAUGAGAGCCCGAAACUCCUUCGGACCAGAAGGCCACACGGGGAUGAGUGUGUUGAUAUUUGACACCUCAGCAGUUGGAUAUUUUAACGCUGAACGUUUAAGCAACCAUUUUAAUCGUCAAGGGUUGGAUAAAAACGCUUGGAAUCAUCACCCGAAUCUAUUCACUCCCGAUUGUAAGCGACAGUUGUACGGCUUCAUGGCUACUAAACAAGACUUGGAUAUCUUGAACCAGCACUCACCUGGAAAAUUGAAGUUGAAAUUUGAGUUGGCAUCAUAUCAAGAAAAGGUUGUGGAUCAACUAAAGAAAAUGAGCGAAGACAGCCAAGAGUUGCUCAGGUAUAAGAAAAAAAUUGCGAAACAAGAAAGAAGUACAAAAGCGCUCGAAGACGCGUUUUGGUUAGUAUCGCAGAAACUUAGGAAACUUGAAGAAGAGAACAAAAUUGUCAGGCAGAGAUCACAGCAGUACCAUGAGCAAAACAAAGAAGAGAUGGAUUCUCAAGAAAAGUUCUUUAAGGACCAGUUGAAAGUGAUUCAAGAUGCUAGAGAUGCAAACAAAAGACAAUCUGAGAAAUCUUGUGCGGUUGCAGAUGCUCGCCAGAGGAAGAAGGUUGAAAAUACCAUGAAACCUCAGACAAAAGAAACAGAGGAAGAAAGGGAGAGGAUGAAGAUUCUGCAUGAAAAGGAAAUGGCUGAAAUGAAGAACAAGCAUGAGAAAGACGAGACUCAAGUGGAGGAGUUCACAGCAAAAUCCGAAAUCUAAACAGUUAACUAUCCUGGUCGAUUUAGUCUUAAGUAGCAGGUUAUUUAGUACGUAUGUAAGUAACAACUUGACCCGUUUAGCUUUAUUCGUGUCGUUUUCUUUCUUGUUUAGUAUGUGUCUUGGAUAUGUUCGUCUUGAAUCUUAAGGAUGCUUGUUUAGUUCCAUGUUAUGAACCAACGGGCGUAUAGCUCAAUGGUAAAUUAAUGUGUUAAAUGGUGCCCCUAGCGUUUAAA